CGCUUCACUUUUAUACGGUACUUUACUUUUAGAUCUGUGUGAAAGGUCGUGGAAAGGAUUGAACAAAUCACGUGAUUGGGGUAUCUGUGACCUUCCUGCGCAGACGGAGAGUAGUUGCACUGUUGCUCGGCACUGUGUGAACCCGGUCUGCAGUCUGCAAACACCAUGGCUUUCGUUACCCACCAGUUUAUCAGAACGCUGUCUUCCACAGCUGUACGGAAUGCGGCGAUAAAACAUGUUACGAUUAUUGGAGGUGGGCAGAUGGGCGCAGGUAUUGCACAGGUUGCUGCAGCCACAGGUCACUCCGUGGUAUUAGUGGACACUUCUGAGGACAUCUUGAAGAAGUCCGCUAAAGGAAUUGAGGGCAGCUUGAAAAGAGUCGCCAAGAAGAAGUUUGCAGACAAACCAGAGGCAGGAGAGGAGUUCAUUCAGAAGGUGAUGAAGAAUGUAUCGACGACCACCGAUGCUGCCUCAGUGGUGUCGGGCACUGACCUGGUGGUGGAGGCCAUAGUGGAAAACAUCAAAGUCAAGCAGGGCCUCUUUGGUGGGCUGGACAAGGUUGCCCCUGAGCAUACCAUAUUUGCAAGCAACACGUCAUCGCUGCCCAUUGCUGACAUUGCCAGCUCUACAGCCAGGCUGGACCGAUUCGGGGGUCUCCACUUCUUCAACCCUGUGCCUAUGAUGAAGCUUGUGGAGGUGAUUCGAACACCAGCGACAAGUCAGGCCACCUUUGACUCUCUGGUGGACUUCAGCAAAGCGUUGGGAAAGCAUCCAGUGUCUUGCAAAGACACUCCCGGCUUUAUCGUGAAUCGCCUGCUGGUGCCCUACAUGAUGGAAGCAAUCCGACUACACGAGAGGGGCCAUGGAUCAAAAGAAGACAUUGAUGUGGCCAUGAAGCUUGGUGCAGGCUACCCCAUGGGACCCUUUGAGCUCCUCGAUUACGUCGGGCUGGACACUGCAAAAUUCAUCAUUGACGGCUGGCAUACGAUGGAACCUGGAAAUCCCCUGUUUGCCCCCAGCCCCAUGCUGAACAAACUGGUGGAGGAAGGAAAGUUUGGCAAGAAGACGGGAGAAGGAUUCUACAAGUACAAGUAAUGCUACAGUGUCAUGAUCAGCUGCUGAGACUGACACAGCUUCACAGACACGUCUUUAUCAGAGCAAUGAUUGCACUAGAGAAAAAUG